AUGUUCCUCUAUCCCCGCCUCAGAGCUCUUCUCCAUUCCCAAACCCCAAAAUGUUACCUUGUCCACUCUCUAAAGUCCUUCUCCACAACUUCAGAUUCGUCUCAACAAUCCUUCACCAUAUCCUACCUCAUCAACAAUUGCGGUUUAUCUCCCCAAGACGCUCUCAAAGCAUCCAAACGCAUCAAUUUCAGCACCCCCGAAAAACCCGAUUCCGUCAUCACCUUCUUCAAAACCCACGGUUUCUUCACUCACCACAUUCAAACCAUUAUCCUCAAGGAUCCUGAGCUUCUAGUCUCAAACCCCAUCAAGUCCCUUUUGCCAAAGUUCCAAUUUUUAUCCUCCAAAGGCGUUUCCCCCUCAGAUAUAGUCGCCACCGUCAUCAGAAGCCCUCGUUUCCUCCGUGUAAGCCUUGAGAAACACGUUAUCCCUGCUUUUGAAUUGGUAAGAAGCUUCUGUCCCUCUGAUAAAAAAGCUAUUGAUUCGAUCAUUGUUUGUCCCACUUCGAUCAGUGACGGUCGAAUGAAACCAAAUGUUCAAUUUUUAAUUGAUUUUGGGGUAACCCCUUCUUGUAUUUAUCAUUUCCUUAGGACUAGACCUUCUAUAAUAUGUUCUAAUGAUUUGAGAAAUGCUGUGGAAGAAAUUAAGGAAUUAGGGUUUGACCCUUCCAAAGUCAGUUUUGGUGUAGCAUUAUUGGCUAAAAGGGCUAUCACUAAAUCCCAAUGGGAUGCCAAAUUUGAUGUCUUGAAGAAGUGGGGUUGCUCUGAAGAUGCAAUUUCUAAUGCAUUUAAGAGGCAACCUAACUUCAUGCUUAGGUCGCCGCAGAAACUCAAUGCGGUGAUGAGUUUUUGGGUCGAGGAGCUCGGUUGGGAUCCUUCUGUGCUCUUGGCUGCACCGACGCUUUUUGGGUAUAGUAUAGAGAAAAGGCUUACUCCAAGGGCUUUGAUUGUCAAGUAUCUUCUGUCCAAAGGUUUGAUAAAGGAGGGUGCUUGUUUAGCUACACCGUUUAAUGUGACUGAUGAGCAUUUCCAGCGAAGGUAUGUGAAACGUUUUAAGGAAACAUCUGAGCUGUGA